AAGUCUCUCGUGUCAUAAAAUAAAUCUCAUUUUCAUCUAUUUUGACGUUAAGUACUGUAUUCAAUUCUUGAAAGAUAUGCUUGAAAAUGAGACGUUGGCUACAAAUGGUCAACUGUCCACAACUUCGACCAUCAUAUCUCGUAUGGAUAUAAACACAUCCGAUAUCACAAUCACGGGAACGCAACCCAAAUCCGUGUCUCAGAAGGAGAAAUACGCGGAGAAACUGUUGCUGCGAUACAGCCAGCGCUGGGUCAAGGACUUCGUGCGGCGCAAAAUCGAUCUGAAUAUGCCGUUACACGCGGACUCGGCCGGCGUCAGUGUGGCCCCACUGCCCACAACGCACCGGCACUGCACGACAUCGCGAUGUCUCUGUCAGUUCAUCGAGGAACACCUCAAAUUCAAGCCCUUAACCCAAUGCAAUAUUACGGAACUUUUUAUGUGAACAACACGAAAGGAGUUUUAAACUUUUUUAGAGACUAUUUUUCAUGCAAUUUGUUACUGUAUUUGUUUUUCUUUUACGUUUUUCGAUGUGAUAUUCAAUUUGAAUUUCUAUUUUUAGAUAAGAUUUUUUAAUAGGAUUUUUAUUUUGCAUUUUCCCCUUUUGGUGUGCCUUUAAAUUAUUUAAUACGGAGUCGGGAUUUUUGUUUAUACCGUACAGUAUACUAUUUGUUUUUUAUAGUACCGUAC